GUGAGGCGCGGGCAAAGAGCGAUCCCGACACCCCUUUUCGCUCGCCCGGCUUCGGCCGCCUCCCCGAGUCUCUGCGAAGCGGCAUCAGCUUCCCCGGGGAGCGGCCGGGGGAGGCGCCGGGUUCAUGUUCCGGGUCGCUGAGCCCAACCCGACCCGAGCUCAGCCGGCGAGAAAGAGCUGGCAUUUCAGUAGGACUAUGGAGGAACUAGUUCAUGAUCUGGUCUCAGCACUGGAAGAAAGUUCAGAGCAAGCCAGAGGAGGUUUUGCUGAUACUGGAGAUCACUCUCGCAGCGUGUCUUGUCUUCUAAAACGCCAGGCAAGGAAAAGGAGAGGACGAAAAAGACGUUCAUUUACCACUCAUCAUCCUUGGGAGACUAGUCACUGUUUAAGUGAAGGUUCUGAUUCCAGUCUAGAAGAACCAAGCAAGGACUAUAGAGAGAAUCAUACUACUAAUAAGAAAGACCACAGUGACUCUGAUGAUCAGUUGUUGGUUGCUAAACGCAGGCCUUCUUCAAAUUUAAAUAACAUUAGAGGCAAAAGACCUCUGUGGCAUGAGUCUGAUUUGGCUCUUGACAAUUUAGGAAACAGGACCCUGCGUAGGAGGAGGAAGGUGAAACGCAUGGCAAUAGAUCCACCAUCAGAAGUCACGAAUACACUAACAUUGACCCAACAACAGGAUAACAGCAGAGAUCAAGAAAUGGAUAAUGAUAAUAGAUCUUACCAACAUCAAGAAUUUGCCAAGAGCAAAGUGAAAAAAAGAAAACUAGCUACAACUAGGCAAGGACCAGAAAUCUUGGAUGAAGGAGUGGUUAUAGAGAGUGAAGAAGCGAACCAGGCAAAUAAGGACAAAAUGGAGUAUGAGGAGCAAAAGGGUUCAGAUGAGAACAUGAGUGACAGUGAAUCCAGCAGCCUGAGCAGCAGUGAUGCUGGUUUGUUUACCAAUGAUGAGGGAAGACAAGGUGAUGAUGAGCAGAGUGACUGGUUUCAUGAAAAUGAAUCUGGCGGUGCGUGUGGAAUCACUGGGGUCGGUCACUGGUGGGAACAGGACUCAACGGAGUUGGAGAAAGAAUUGCCUGAUCCAGUCUUUGAAAGUAUCUUAACUGGUGCUUUCCCUCUUAUGUCCCAUUCAGGGAAGAGAGGUUUCCAGAGUAGAUUUAGUCAUCUUCAUGGAAUGCCAGCAAGGAACAUCAAAAAGGUUUCAGGAAACCCAGCUGCAUUGAUUACCAGUACAGGCCCAGGCAACAAGAAAAUGGUUCACUUGUCCCAAGAUUCUCAUCACAAUGACCACUGGUUUAGCCCUGGGGCUAGGAAGGAACAUAGCCAGCUUCAGCUCCUGCGGGAUAACCGAUCUGAGAGAGGACACAAGAAAAAUAUUUCAGUAAAAACAGCUAGCAGACAAACAAGUGUACAUUUAGGAUCAUUGUGCAUGGGAGACAUCAAACGGAGAAGAAAAGCUGCACCCCUGCCAGGACCCACAGGGUUUGUAGGUGAAAAUGCCCAACCAAUCCCAGAAAACAACAUUGGAAACAGAAUGCUUCAAAGUAUGGGCUGGACUCCUGGCACAGGCCUGGGACCAGAUGGCAAAGGGAUGUCAGAACCAGUCAGAGCCAUCCAGAGACCAAAGGGACUCGGACUUGGAUUUAGCUGACAGAGAAGCACUCCAACUGCUGUACAGAAAUCAGGAAGACUAACCUUAAUUUAAAGGGAAAAAAAGCUAAAGUCUUAUAUUGUAUUUUGUCAUCACCAAAUCCAGUUGUUGUUCACUUAUGGAGUUCUGAAGCCUAAAUGUUUCAUAUUGACUACUCUGGCUUUCAAGAUGCAAGGUAGUCACAGUGACAAAAGAGGUGUUUUAAUCCUAACUCUGUAAUGGUGCUAAAAUGUAAAAACAAUUGUACUUUUUUAUUUUCUGUGAUCUUAAAACAAAGUUUGUUAGGUAUAUGAUUCAAAAUGCAAUGCGUUUAUUUUUCCUGAAAAGCUUCUCACACAGCAGAUUUCAGCACUUGGGCAAACAUUUUUUGGCACCAUUUUCUCAUCUGAAGUGUUCUGAGAGGAUUUGUUAUCAAGGAAAAUUAAACCUCAGAAAGCUGCUAUGUUGGUUCAUUUUUCCUUCCUUUACAGGCAAAAAUUUCCAAACUAGAUAUUUCUAGAAGUUGGCCAUAGAUGAGGAUAGGUUAACAUGAUCUCUGCUUUUCCAUGUCGACAUACAUUAGGUGCCCCCAAAUGGCGACAUGGUAUGCAAUUUUGCAUAAGGCGAGUAUAACUGAUGGUAACUUUGUCAUCAUAGGAAUGUAACCCCAUUAUCUUGUAAAGCAUCAUGCUUACCUGUGUGUAAGCCCUAAUUCUAACGCUUUUAUAAUUGUUGUUACAUCUUGUAAAAUAUUUGUAAGUAAAUAUUUUUAAAACUUUUAGUGUUCACCCUCAGCUUGGAAUUCUGGUUAUUUUUUAUACUAGUGUUCCCUUGACUCUCCACCUCAAAAAUGAGUGUAUUUUAAAUGUGACCCUUGCAUUGGUUCUUAAACUUUGGGUUUUGGUAUAUUUUGAAUUGACUGGUAGGUUACAGCAAGGGGUGGCUAACAUUCAAUGUUUUUUGUGGUCAUGAUAUUGGCAUCCUACCACAAACUUUGAAGCAUCAUGGAAGAAGCAGAGAAAAGACAAAGUGCAGCAGGUAAGAAGAGAGGGAAAUACUCUGGUAGCAUCUCUAAAAUCUUGAGUGAGCAAUUUAAAGUCAAGGGGGGAUCAUUAAGCAUUUUAAUCAGUACCAAUAAUUUCAUCAAACACCAGCCAAUCAAGCUGCCAGGAUGCUGGUGGUGUAAAUCAAAUUUCACAUUAGGGAGGUAUAGAGGAGCCAUCAUUCAAAUUGACUAAGGGUGAAAACUUGGCCCCAUUGAAGUCAGUGUCAACAUUUCCACUGACUUCAGUGGGGCCAAGAUUUAAUUCUAAAUUUAUCAUCAGGAAGAAGGCUCUUUUCCUCUCACAACCUCAUCCAUUUUCCAGCAAACACAAUACUAGGAAAGUAGCUACAAGAGCAAGCAACACAUUAAUUGAAAAGCAGUGUUCUCACUUUCCAAGUGCUAGUAUUAUCUGUUUUUUGUCCCUUUUUACAGUCUGCUUACUAUUGACCUAGUGUAGAGUAACUGGUUAGUGUCUGAUGUCAUCCUUGAUGCUGAUCAAAUGUACAAGUUCACUCAAUUGGAAGAGAAUCCUUUACUUGUGGUUUUAAAUGCCUUAUCUGUGUAUGUGUUUUUU